AUGUCAUUUUCAUUUUGUGAUCCUUCGGUUAGAGAUACAGUUGUAAUGCUGGGAGGACAAUUCUUUUCACUUCCUUAUCAUUCAUUAUAUGAAACCUUAGAGACUGGUGUUUGCCAAACCUCGAGAUCACUAAAUGGUAAGAGUAUCUUGCAGUUUUGUCUUGAAAAUCGACAAGUUGCAAAGGAUUUCUCUACAGGCAUGACAGGUCUAGCAGUUGAAGCUAUACCAUUGUUAGCAAAACUUGGAGAAUAUGGAAAGUUUGAAGUUGUCUGUGAUAUCGGAGGAUCAGCUGCAAUAUAA